AUGAGCGAACCUGAUUCGCUCAAAUGGACUCUGAGGUUCAAAAACCAUAAUGUUACAAUCCUUCUCCUUGUAUCGCCUACCCAAUCAUUCGAUUCCAUAAAAGAAGAACUCAUGAAAGCCCUUAAAAUUCGCGGCAUUACAGAAUUAAACGGCCAAACUGUGCCUGAAAAUCCAGCUGAAAUCGAAUUUGGUGUACCACUUGACAGGAACAACUUGGAAAAAGGCUGGGAAAAGUUGAAACCGACGGCAGGAGAAGCAGGGAACGGAAUGAACAAGCAACCUUUGCGAGGCCGGAAGUCAAUUAUCACAGGUCCCUUAGGAGCAGGGCUCAAAGAUUCUCAAGCGCUCGCGUUCAGAUUCCGCAAGCCUGGCGAGGAUGAGGACGAAGAUGAUCUGGGAAUUGGUUUUGACGACCCUGGCUGGGAUGUUAUGAUUGCAAAAUAUGACGCUGAAGACGACGAAUGA